GCAACCAUGGCCAGCAACCACCAGCGCAACCGAAUCUCGAAUGCCGUCGAUAGCCUGAUCGCACACCUGGUGCCAGGGAGCGCCGACGACGACGAGCAGCGGGCCCAGGAGCGCCACGACGCCUGCGUCGACAUCGUGCGGACUAUCCUCGACCGCCCCGGCUCCCCCGCCAUCGCUUCCGAUGUGAACCAUGCCUCGGACCUCAUCAAGCGCAAGCUCAUCCAGAGCAACCCCAGCCAGGCCCUGAGGUUCUCGAAUCUCUACACCCGCCUCCUUUCUCUGCCCGUCCUCAGCCAGAAGUGGGCGAUCCUGUACCUGCUCUACCAGCUCUCCGACUCGCCGGACCCGAACGAGCCCCUGCCGUUGAGUCCGCCAAAACCGCCAACGCCACGAGCAGCGCCUCGGCCCGUUGAGAGGGAAAGGCGGUCCCGGGCAUCGACUGCUGUUGCCACGUCGGAGGAAGAGGCAGUGCACGAGGCCUUCGCACCGGGCGGCCUGAAGAAGCUUCCGCCCGAGAAACCGAAGGGGAGCCAGGCCGAGGAGCGGCAACCCGCGCAAGCCCCGGUUGACGGCAGCCCGAAAAAGGCGGCAAGGGAUGUCUCUAUCAAGUCCACCCUGCUGGCCGGCCACUCGAGUGACUGGGAACCCUCCGAGAUGAGCCUGUUGAGAGAUCUCCCCUUCACCCUCCAAGGGCUCUCCUCCACCACCCUUCCCUUUGCCAAGGAGACUGCCCUAAAACUGCCGCCAACCUUGCCUUCUCCCAUCAUAUCCCUUUUACAUACUCUAGCUGAGCCCUCUUUGCUGUACAGAGGGCUUGCAUCUUUCGUCAAGUCGCCCGCAAAGGAACUUCUUGGUCAGAGUCUGCGUUCCGCCAUCAGCAACGAGCUCCGCUCCUACCUCACACUGGUUGCGACGCUCGAGGGCCAAAUACGAAGGGCUCUCUGCUCGCUGGAUGAGUCGGCGCCGCGCGGCGGGAUCGGGAAGGCUGGCGUGACCCUGAAGCGCUGCGUUGUGUGGACGCGCGAGGCCACCAUGGGCCUGCGGCUCAUGUCGCUGAUCGCGGAGGAGAGCAAGACCAAGCGCGGCGGGCAGCUGAUCAGCAUGAUCCACGGCUUCUCCACGUCCCACGGCGACCCGGUCGUGGCCGCCUUCGCGGAGCGCCUGCUCGCCGAUGUGACCCGGCCGUUCUACGACAUCCUCCGGCGCUGGAUCUACGACGGAGAGCUGUCGGACCCGCACCGAGAAUUCUUUGUUCGGGAGCAGAGCCACAGCGAGGAAGACUGGAAAGAGUCCAAGGCUAAAGGCCAGGCCAGCGUGUGGAACUCCAAGUACGAGGUCGUCGACGCCAUGGUGCCCAGCAUCAUCACGGCCAACCUUGCCCAGAAAGUGUUCCUGAUCGGAAAGUCGCUCAACUUUAUCCGCCACAGCUGCGGAGACAGCCAGUGGGUCGACGCGUACAGCAAGACGUCGUUCAAGCAGCUCAGCUACGGCGACACGGCGAGGCUCGAGACGUGGAUCGACGAAGCGUACAAGAUCACGAUGCGGCGCCUGAUGCACCUCAUGAGCAACCGCUUCCAUCUGUUCGACCACCUGCAGGCGCUGAAAAACUACAUCCUCCUCGGCCAGGGAGACUUCAUCGCGCUCCUGAUGGAGUCGCUCGCGGCGAACCUAGACCGCCCGGCCUUUGCGCAAUUUCGUCACACGCUCACGGCCCAGCUAGAACACGCCAUCCGCGGCUCCAAUGCGCAAUACGACAGCGAAGAGGUCCUCAAGCGGCUCGACGCACGCUGGCUGCAGCUCAGCCACGGCGACAUCGGCUGGGACUGCUUCACGCUCGAGUACAAGAUUGACGCGCCCGUCGACGUGGUCGUCACCGAGUGGGGCAAGCGGCAGUACCUCAAGGUGUUCAACUUCCUCUGGCGCGUCAAGCGGGUCGAGUUCGCGCUCUCGUCGACAUGGCGCAAGUGCAUGACGGGCGCGCGGGGCGUGCUGCAGACGUCGGACGAGCAGGUGCUGCAGACGUGGCAGCGCACGCGCGGCGUGCUCGCCGAGAUGGUGCACUUCGUCGGGCAGCUGCAGCACUACAUCCUCUUCGAGGUGAUCGAGUCGAGCUGGGCCGAGCUGCAGCGCAACAUCCGCAAGGACGACUGCACGCUCGACGACCUCAUCACGGCGCACACCAAGUACCUGACCUCCAUCACGCACAAGGGCCUGCUCGGCGCCCGCCGCCGCCAGUACCACGACUCGCUGCGCGAGGCCGCCGCCCAGCAAGGCCGCGACCCGGCCGAGCUCGCCGCCGCCGCCGAGGACCGCAACUCGUACAUGGUGCAGCUGAGCGAGCUGCUGCGCACCAUGCUCGCCUACCGCGACUGCGUCGACGGCCUGUACAGCUGGUCGCUGUCCGACUUCACCCGCCGCCAGGAGGCCGACGCCAUCGGCCUGAUGCGCAGGAACAAGAAGGCGAAGCUGUCGUCGACGUCAUCCGCGCCGUCGGCGGCGGCGGACCUCGACGACCCGUUCGCGACGACCGUCACCCCGACGACGAGCUCGUCGGCGGCCGCCGACAGCCUCAGGUCCGAGCUGCCCGCCCUGCAGGAGCGGCUGGCCCAGCUGGGGCAGAGCUUCCGCGCGCGCCUGCAGGUCCUGCUGGGCGACCUGGCCUACCAGCCGGACGUGGACAUGCGCUUCCUCGGCGUGUCGAUGAACUUCAAUGAUGUCUAUCAGCCGGUGAAGCGGAAGAGGUCCGCCGCGCCCGGGGCGAGUGCUGCUGCUGCUGCUGCUCAGGGGCAGUCUGGGGGAACGGCAGCGACAGCUGCGGCGGCGGCGGUAGGCGGUAGUUCGUCGAGGGCGUAGGGGCCCAAGAUGGCAUCUGAUACGCCGCCUGUUACGCCGACGGGUCAGGGGAUCAAGGAGAGAUAAGUUAAGGGGUGCAUUCUGUGUGUGUCUCUGUGCUUGGGGCUAUAUCAUCGUCAUCCGGCGGCGGCGUUUUGGGGAGGGUCAGUACGGGAUUAUGAAGGCACUCGGAAUCGUCGGGUAUGGUCAAUUAUCCCUGGAUGGGCUAUGACGGGUACGGAUAUCGCUCAGCUGUUACGGGGUACCAUGCUUGAUGUUACACAUUGGGGAUCUGCAUUGUUACAUCCGUCUUCCGGCUGUGACCAUCCAUCAUCAUGCCGGAACAGCCCAUUUCACAGAAAUGUCGGCAAUCCAGCAUCACUUACCACCCA